AUGACAACAAAAGCGGUGAACGGAAGCGGUGGACGUUUUCCAUUGUUAAUUCAGAACGGUAAAACAACCGAAAGUGGACUUCUUGGUUCGAUAGCUGUAACACUUCCAGUAAUUAUAAGCCCUCAAUAUCCUGAUCCAUGGAAUAAUGUACGAAUAUAUUUCUAUUAUGGUGAUGGAAAUUUACAAAAUACAUCAUAUCAAUUAAAGGAUGCAAAUCAACUUUUAAAUCAUCCAGUUUUUGAUAUUAAUAAAUUAACAACAUUAUAUGUACAUGGUUAUACAGAAAGUCAAGCUAGUGAAAGUAUCCAAGUUGUGAAAAAUUCUUAUAGCUAUCUUCCAAAUUAUAAUUUCUUAGCUUUAGACUAUAGUUUGUAUGUUGAAGCAAAUAUAAAAUCAAUUGAUUAUAUUUCAGCAUAUCAGGCUGUUCCUUAUCUGGCGCCCUAUAUUACGGAAGCUUUAUUAAAUCUUUUUAAUGCUGGUUUGCCUUUACAAGAUUUUCAUUUAGUUGGUCACUCUUUAGGUAGUCAAUUAUCAGGUUAUAUAGGACGUGAAAUAAUUCAACAAAGUGGUGGUUCACUUAUAUUACCAAGAAUAUCUGGAUUAGAUCCAGCAAAUCCAGGCUAUUAUGAUUUACCGAUAGAUAUUAUUUUUGAUCAUUUAGGUCCAAGUGAUGCUGUAUUUGUUGAUGUUAUUCAUACGGAUGCGGGUCUUUUGGGAGCUCCAUAUUCUACUGGUACUGUAGAUUUUUGGCCGAAUGGUGGUUAUUCAGUACAAUCAGGAUGUCCAGUUCCUAGACAUUUAUUUACUGGAGAUGAUAAUGAUUGUUGCAGUCAUUGGAGAUCUUGGAGAUUUUGGGCUGAAAGUGUUGCAAAUUUAUAUCAACAAAAAUUUAUAGCGAAUAAAGCAGAUUCAUAUACUAGUUAUUUACUCGGUUUUUAUGAAGAUGAAACUGCAAUAAUGGGAUUACAUGUUUCACUAGAGUAA